CCUCUUCGAGAAACUAUUCCAAUUGUCCAUUUCGGCAACCCUAAUUCUUAACUCUCACCCCUCCCCCCCCCCCCCCCCGCUAAACUAAAUCAAUCAAUCCCCGUCUUCACGAUGUCUGACGAGUGGGACUCGGUCACCAAGAUCGGCAGCAAGGCUCGCGGAGGCGCAUCGCAGCGGGAGACCGUCGUGCGAGGCAGCUCCGCGCUGAACGCCGCCAAGCGCGCCGGCGGUGCCAUCGCGACCGAGAAGAAGUUCUCUACCGGCAAUGCUGUAGGCAAAGGACCCGAGGGCCAACGCCUGACCAAGGUCGACCGCAGCGACGACAUCAUCAAGCCGAACACGGUAGGCAAGGAGGUCGGCGACGUUAUCAGCCAGACGCGCCAGAAGAUAGAGCCCAAGAUGACCCAGAAGGACCUAGCCACCAAGUGCAACACGACGCCCUCCGUCAUCGCCGACUUCGAGCGCGGCACCGCCAUCCCCGACCAGAAGAUCCUGUCCUCUAUGGAGCGCGUCCUCAACGUCAAGCUCCGCGGCUCCGGCAUCGGCGAGCCCAAGUUCAAGCCCAAGGGCGGGAAAUGAGCGAUCGGCAUAUAAUAGAUAGGCCAGAGAACACAGGCCGAUGAUAAUGAAUCGAAUUGAACUGAUGAUCGCGAGGGGGACACCCAUCUGACGGGAUGGUUGUGUCCGGAGUGGCGGCGGCUGUAUGAUGAGCUAGUUACCUUAGACCAGGCGAGGGGGUUUACGAGAUGACGAGAUGCAUCUCCCCCUUUAGCCGUACAAUUGCAUAGCAUUGCGUGGCUCGGCUUAUAGUGCAAAGGUUCGAUCGGUCGACCUCGUGCAUUGAUUUAGUAGACGCAAGAAUAGACAUGUAAAGUCGCUAUCACAUAUUUCAUUGAAACCCCCCAAAAAUAUUUCAUCUUAAGAUUUUGAUGUAUUUAUCGGACUCGUGAUUGAGUCUCGUGCUAUUUAUUAUGCUUCGGACAACUUAGUAUUGCCCAUUCGUCAA